AUGACGAAGUGGCAACUUACUGAUUUGUUUUCGAAGGUGACGGUGCAGUGCCUUGUGGAAAUUGUAUCGAUCAUGAACAGCAAUGCAGAUAUCUCCCUCUGCAGCGAAGAGGCCGAAAAAGCCAAGCAGGUCCCGUGGAAACCCCACGCAGCUUUGGGGAUCCAGGAAACUCAUUUGCAUGGGAUAUUGUUAACUCCUCGAGAUUCCGAAAUUGACAAAGAAGAGGCUACUAUGGACCUCCAAGCUGUAAAUUGGGAGCACCAUGGGCCUGGCUCAUGGCUCUCUAUUUGUUCAACCCCUGGUCUGCAAUGGGUCUCUUCUAAAACUGGGACCACCCGGUUUUAUCAAAUUGCCAAGGAGCUAGUCAUGGGUUGGACAAACAAGUUAACAUUGGGCUCAGGGAAAAUACGCGAACGUUGUCUAGAGCCUGAAGUUGAAAAGGCGUGGACAUACGUAACAGCCUACUUUGAAAACUCACAAGAUAGUGUCUUGAGUGUUGUUCUCCGGUCUGAUUUUGAGACUCGGCUUCGGGUUCAUUUCCAGAAUGCCAGUAGACCCGAUGAGGACGUCGCUUGGUAUGCUUUACGAAAUGCGGUGUACGCAGUGGGACUUAGAACUGCAGCAUCGAUUAACGGAACUGGAGAAUUUGCAGAAGUCCAGUCUGAGUCUUUACGAUUCUUUCACAACUCCUUUUCUGUUUUAUCAGAUCUCCUCUUCAUGCCUAGCGGGUUGAUGGCCGUACAAGCUUUGAUCGUGAUGACGUCAUUCGCCGAGCUUCUAGGAAGCCCAGCCAUUGAGUACAUGCUUUGCGGUGCAGCAGCGCGACUAGCCCAAUCAAAGGGUCUUCACCGACAGCCAUCAAGAGCAUGGAACCUCCCUAACUCGGAGACGCUACAUCGGAGUUGGGUCUUCUGGGCUGUGUACUACUACGACAAGAAUAUUGCGUUGCGGUCAGGUCGGCCAUCGGCCUUUGAUGAUGAUGAAAUAAGUUGCCAAAUACCCAACGAGCUUCCUGAUGAAGCCACAUCAGAUAUCGAAGUGGUAACCGCUAUUAUAGAACACGCUCAAAUCUGUGCCGGGAUAAGCAAACAGCUUCUGUCUGUCCAGGCAUUUAGCCAGUCAUUAACCUCACUAUUCGAGAUUAUCGAAAACCUGGAGGAAAAGCUGCAAAUAUGGCGAAACUCUCUCUCGGAUUAUCUUACCAUCACGGCACAAAGUUUCUCCAGACUUUCAAGGAACUCUUCCAAACAGAAAGCAAAUAUGUUACGACUCCACUACCUAUACUGGGGCAGCGUCAUUACGUUACAUGCAAACAUUCAUUAUCCUUGGAUAUGUUCAGCGCUGGCCGGCCAAGAGCCCUUCUUGGAAGAUCGGAUCUUGAAAAGCUCGGCUCGAUCUGCUGAAGCUUCACGACAAAUUCUGUCUACUCUGAAGGAGAGCUGGUUGGAUACCGCCAUAUCAUCACCGUAA